CAAUAGGAACAAGUUGUUCGAACUGAGCUAAAGAGCAGAGGGUUGGAGGAUUCAGGCGUAACGGUGCGCGUCCCAGCCACAAAAGGAGGACGCUGCUACAACGGCGCUACAGAGAACCAUUUAUUAUAGCCUGCAAUUGACUAUAUAUUUAAAUACAUUUGUCAAAUUUGUCAAAUUAUUUAUCAAGUAGCCUAUCUGUUGUUAAUUGCACACUACCUGCAAGCAUGGAAAGUAAAAUCGCUGACUUCUCUGGAACAUGGAAAAUGAAAAGCUCCGAAAACUUCGAGGACCUCUUAAAAGCUCUAGGAGUAAACGUGUUCCUUCGAAAAAUCGCUGUGGCGGCGGCAUCUCGCCCAGCAGUGGAGAUCUCACAGCAGGGCGAGACUUUGUCCAUUCAGACAUCUACCAGUGUCCGCACCACCCACAUCUCCUUCACUGUGGGACAGUCCUUCAACGAGACCACCGUGGAUGGACGACCAUGCACGAGCCUCCCGCGCUGGGAGACUGACAGCAAGAUCGUCUGUGAGCAGACUCUCCAGAAGGGUGAUGGACCCAAGACGGGCUGGACACGAGAACUGACCAAUGAUGGAGAAUUAAUCCUGACGAUGACUGCUGAGGAUGUUGUAUGCACCAGGGUGUACGAAAGAGAAUGAAGAGCCACUUUUUGACACCUUGUACUCUGUCUAUAGUGCACAAUCAACUUCAUCAGUCUGUCAAAUAUUGGUUUAUCAAUAUAUUAAGUGUUUGUAUAGGAUGAGUGUCUUUCUUGCAUAAUUUGUUUUGUUUUGUUUGUCAUUUAUGUAUGGUUAUGUGCAUUUCAUUUUCUAUUUGCAUGCAAGUAUGUCUUUUUUUUUCCCAAACCAAAAGCUUGUAUUUAUUCCGAAUGUUUGUGUGAGAAUGCAUUUAUACCAAUAAACCAAAACCAGGACGUUUUUGUCUAAA